AUGAACGAGCUACAGGGCUUUUCACACAAACGUCUGCGAGUCGGGGUUGACGUAGGCGGCACAAACACUGACAGCGUGCUUAUUGAUCUGGCAUACCCAUCAGAGCCAGACAAGGCAAUACUAGCUUGGCACAAAACACCCACGACACCAGAUCCAAGCGAUGGCAUAAAGACUGCACUCAGCAGCUUACUUAAAUCGACGACUAGAAAGUCAGACAUAGUCAGCGUGGCGAUAGGGACUACGCACUUUAUCAACGCGGUCGUAGAGCGAGAUGCCAAUCGACUCUCCAGGGUUGCUGUGCUGAGACUGGGCUACCCCUAUAGCAAGCAUAUGAGGCCUUGCAGUGACUGGCCGGAUGGCUUACGAAGACUCGUGCUGGGCCAUCAUGCUUUAUUGCGGGGGGGGCUUCAAGUGGACGGAAGCCCCAUCGGCGACAUUGAGCCAGCGGAGAUUCGGGCAGAGUGUACCCUUAUCAAGCAAAAAGGCAUUCACACCGUGGUUAUCAAUGGGAUCUUCAGCCCCCUCGACUCCGCAGAGAAUCAAGAGCAACUUGUAUCUGAGAUUGUGCGCCAGGAGCUGCCGGGCUGCGAUGUUGUACUCUCCAGCGAAGUUGCCAAUCUUGGCUUCAUCGAGCGAGAAAACGCUGCGAUCCUCAACGCAGCCAUAUUGCGAUAUGCACGGCAGACUUUACACAUGGCUGUUGGUCCAGAAAGCGUCGGCCGCCGACUUACAGAAGAUGCAAUUAUAUUUGGUGGCGCCGUUCUGACAGCCACCGACUGUGCCGUUUCCGCGGAUCCUAAUCUGGCGAUUGGCUCGCCGGAUGUGCUUGCGGCACGCCUCAACCUAAGCCCAGAAGAAAUCUACAAUUUCCAGCAAGCCGUUAAGUCAAAGCUGGAGCAGGCUAUAGACUCGAUGAAGACGUCUCCGGAAGACCUGCCCGUCUUGUUGGUUGGUGGUGGCGCUAUCCUGGCCCCGAGCAAGCUGAAGGGGGCUAGCGAAGUGCUCCGGCCGCCGUGGUCAGGCAUCGUGAAUGCUAUUGGGGCCGCCAUGGCUGGAUUGAGCAUUGUGGUCGAUACCAUUAAGACGAUUGGUACUAAAACAGAACAGCAGUGGCUUGAGGAUAUUAAGAAGGCUGCCAUCCGCAAAGUAGUUCACGCAGGCGCUCUACGCUCUUCGGUCCAAAUUGUCGAGUUGGAGACACUCCCGAUGUCGUAUGUCGAGAACAAGGCUCGAUUCAUUGUUCGCGCAGCAGGUGACUUCAAUUAUAAUGCUCCAAGUCUGGAAGUUGCAGUUGAUGGCAUGGACGAUGCGAAUGACCUAGUAAACUUGGCAGAUGACACAAAGACUUCUCGGUAUGAGCUUAAACUAGGCGCUGGUGAUUUCUCCAACGCUACAGCAGAGGAAACUGGCGACUUACGUUCAUAUAAGCCCAAGGUCCAGGACCGAGUGUGGUAUCUUAGUGAGACAGAUAUUGCCUGGAUUGCCACCGGGUGCAAUAUUCUUGGAUCAGGAGGUGGUGGCUACCCAUUCCCAACGGCUAUGCGUCUUCGACAGAUGAUACGCAAUGGCGAUGUAAUUCGCGUAGUCGACUCGCAUGAUGUCGACGAUAACGCCAUCGUGGGAGGAGCAUGCUUCGGUGGUGCGCCCAAUGUCUUUUCCGAGCGACUUCCCGCCGACGAGCUACUUGAAGCUCAGAAUGAGCUGAUGCGGCUAUAUCAAGACCCGAUCACGCAUCUCAACUGCUUGGAAGUUGGCGGUGCAAAUGGCAUGCAAAGCUUUGUGGUCGGUUCCAGCUCGAAUCUUGAUCUGCCGACGGUUGAUGGCGACUACUGUGGUCGCGCAUAUCCCGUGCUAUGGCAGACAACGCCGUAUGUCUAUGGUGAUCGCCAGCCGGUGUAUCUCCCAAUGGCGCUGAGUGAUGGCAACGGAGCCUCAGUCAUUGUCUCCCAGGCCAAGUCAGACAAAGUUGUUGAACGACUCUUGCGAGCCGCGCUUAGUGAGCUCGGAUCUCUGGCCGGUGUGGCCGUUGCGCCUGCUUCAGGCGCCGAGUACAAACGCUGGGCUAUUCGCAACACUAUCUCACAAUCAUGGCGGAUCGGAAGGGCUGUUCACUUGGCUCGUCUGUUGAAUGGUCUUGAUACAAUGACGGAGUCGAUUAUCGACGAGUGCGGCGGCACCGAUGCGGCCAAGGUCCUGUGGCGAGGCAAGAUCGUCAGUGUGAAGCGGACACUUCGUAAAGCCCAUCUCUACGGCGAGUGCGUUAUUGAGGGCGAGGGUGGAGACAGUUUCAACGGCCAUGUUGUAAUCCCGUUUAAAAACGAGAAUAUUGCUGCUAUAAAGACGUCUCCUCGCAAUGAGCCGACCGAGUCGAUUGCUUUAGAUUCCGAAGAGCUUCAAGGCGAGGUACUAGCCGUUGUGCCAGACCUCGUGGCCGUUCUAGAUGCCGAAGAUGGUGAGGAUAUUGGUACGCAGGAUUACCGGUAUGGUCAACGUGUUUCUGUCAUAGGCAUUGCUGCUAGCGAGCAGUGGACUAGCACUGAAGAAGGUAUCAGAAUUGGGGGCCCUGAGGGUUUUGAUAUGGGAUAUUUGAAGUACAAGCCGUUUGGAAAGUACUCUGCUCCAAAAAGUGUUAUCAAUGAGUAUAACAUCUCAUAG